GAUGCUGACCAAGAACCUGGAUGUUCAAAAGGGCCUUGUGAAUGGAGCACGUGGUGUUGUGGUUGGUUUGGACACUGAAAACAAAGGUUUUCCAAAGGUACGGUUUGUUUGUGGAGUGAUGGAGACCAUGAAAAUAGAGAGAUGGAUAUUCAAAGCAAGCAGUGGGAUCUAUCUUAGCAGGCAGCAGCUACCACUUAAGCUGGCUUGGGCCAUUUCAAUUCACAAGAGUCAGGGAAUGUCUCUGGAUUGUGUGCAGAUUUCAUUUUCUCGUGUAUUUGAGAGUGGCCAAGCUUAUGUAGCACUGUCUCAAGCUUGCAGUUUGGAAGGGCUUUGAGUCAUGGAUUUUGAUCCUAAAGCAGUCCG